AGAGGAUCGGAGAGGAAGAAGGGGCUCAGCCAGAAGCUGAUUAGAGCCCUCAGCAGAUACAGGUGGUGGUCGGCAGUAUCUGACUAAACGGAACAAGCCAUGAAGAACGAAGGCAUAGAGGGCACGGAGCGGUUCCUGAGCCCGGGCAGCGGCAGAGGCCUGCGGGCGGUGAGGCACUUCGCGGUGGGGGAGCUGGUGUUCGCCUGUCCUGCCUACUGCUACGUGUUGACAGUGAAUGAGAGGGGAGCGCACUGUGAGCACUGCUUCACCAGGAGAGAAGACCUUUUCAAGUGUGGCAAAUGUAAGCAGGCUUACUACUGCAAUGUUGACUGUCAGAGAGGUGAUUGGCCCAUGCAUAAACUGGAGUGUGUAGCUAUGUGUGCCUAUGGAGAAAACUGGUGUCCUUCAGAGACUGUCAGACUUGUGGCUAGACUCAUUGUGAAACAGAGAGUCACAACAGAGCGCACCCCUUCAGAAAGGCUGCUACUACUCAAAGAAUUUGAAUCCCAUUUAGAUAAGAUGGACAGCGAGAAAGAGGAGAUGAACCAGGCAGACAUAGCAGCGCUGCACCACUUCUACUCCAGACACAUCAGUGACCUCCCCGACGAUCAGGCUCUCACUGAGCUCUUUGCACAGGUGAACUGUAAUGGUUUUACUAUAGAGGAUGAAGAGCUCUCCCAUCUGGGUUCAGCUGUUUUUCCUGAUGUAGCACUGAUGAAUCACAGCUGUAGUCCUAAUGUCAUAGUGACCUAUAAAGGCACAGUGGCUGAGGUCAGAGCUGUUCAGGAGAUUAACCCUGGAGACGAGAUCUUUAACAGUUACAUAGACCUGCUCUAUCCAACAGAGGACAGGAAAGAGAGGUUGUUAGAUUCCUACUUCUUCACAUGCCAGUGUACUGAGUGCACCUCCAAGUCUAAGGACAAAGAAAAAAUGGAGCUCAGGAAGCUGAGUUCUCCCCCAGAGCCGGAGGAAGUCAGAUCCAUGGUCCGUUACGCCAAGAAUGUCAUCGAGGAGUUCAGGAGAGCAAAACACUACAAGACCCCCAGUGAGCUGCUGGAGAUGUGUGAGCUCAGCCAGGAGAAGAUGGGAGCUAUAUUUGCAGACACCAACGUCUACAUGCUGCACAUGAUGUAUCAGGCCAUGGGUGUCUGUCUCUACAUGCAGGACUGGGACGGAGCAAUGAGCUACGGAGAGAAGAUCAUUCAGCCAUAUAGUGUUCACUACCCGGCAUACUCUCUAAAUGUGGCGUCUAUGUAUCUGAAACUGGGACGUCUGUAUUUGGGGCUGGAGAAGAAGACACAAGGAGUCAAGGCUUUGAAGAAGGCAGUUGCCAUCAUGGAGGUAGCCCAUGGGAAAGAUCACCAUUAUGUAGCUGAAGUCAAACGAGAAAUUGAGGAGCAGAAGUAAAUAAGGUGCAGCAGGAGGAGCAAAAAGAUUAAAAAGGGAGGCACUGGAUUGGCAAAGCUCUCUUCAAGCAACAACAACAAAAAUGCACAUCACAGCAGCAUGCCAUGCAUCCUAUACCUCUCCGUUUUCUGUCCCCAACUGUUUUUCAUGCCUCUCCUGGCAGGUGUUUUUCCAUGUGUACUGUCAACAUAUUGUUGUUGAGAAUGACUGCGUUUUGUAUCUGCAGCUGCCCACUUCCCGAACUGGAGUUAAAAGUAGACAAAUUAGGGUUUAAAAUAUUUGGAGUGAAAAUGUUUUUGAAAUACUCACAGUUCUAACCUUCAACUUCAUUUCCACAUGUUUUCUGUGUGCUGAAGCUCAUUCAACACUCGUACUGUAAUUCAAAAAAGGAUCACGUCAGUGGAAAAAAACUUUAAUUCUGCCCUUAAAGCCUCUCUGAAGAAACGAAGUGAUAGAUGCGUAACAUCCAUUUUCUGAUGUGAAAUUUUUGCCUAUUUUUUUCUUUCCUUGUGAGUCUGAAAUCUUUGGACUGUAGACUCAUCAACAGACUGUUUCAUCGUUGUUUGUCUUUGGCAGCGCUUUUAGCUGCACAGCUGUGCUCCAGAGCAAUGAUUUGGACUUCUGUACAAACUGGUGAGUAGUUGUUAUGAAGGGCAUUACUACUUAUUCACAGCCAAGGCAUUUUAAUUCUAUCAGUUAUUCAGCACCAGAGAUUCUGGCUUCGUUGUUUCUUGUGAAAACUGUAAGGGGGGGGGGGUGUCUGACCAUGCAUCAGGUACUCUGUAGCAACAGAGAAGAAAAUGCAAAUAACUAUUCUGACUGAAUUACCAGUGUUUGAUUGGCUUGUCUUACAGGAUGUUUUGGUUGUAAAGAACCAGAAAAAGUGUUGCAUGUUUUAUAGUUAUAGUUUUUUCUUCAUGAGGCUUGUUGACCAAAGGGGCUACAGGUUUAACUGACAAGGAAUCAGCUAUAAUUCUCUAUUCAGUUCAUCCUUAAACAGGGGUGCUGAUCUGAGACCAGUUUGCCUUUUAAGUCAGAGUGAAGACACUGGUACUAUCACCUAACCAAUGAUCCUAGAUCAGAGCCUCUUUGCUCUCAGGAAAACAAAAGGCGCAACACUGUAGCUUUUAUUACCUUUUGUCAAAAGAUACAUUAUUUUACCUUUUUAUUAUUUUCUCAGAAGCAUCAUGAAUCAGUGUCAUUACCCUGGGAAGGUAAUCACCUCAGCAGCUGUGGGCAGAUUAUUAACUUACAGUAUAACUUGAUAGGAUAUACCUUUUACAUAAAAGUGAGAAUGAGGGCAGAAAUCACCCUCACCAAACACACUUCAUUUUAUAGUCAACCAGAAUGAAUGAAAUGCUUCUUAAAAAUGGAAAUACUUCUCCCUUUAUCUCUGCCACAGAGUGGAGUUCAUUGUUGCACUCGUAAGCUAAAUAGACCGAGAUGAUUAAACCAUGAUAUACAACAAGUUGUACUAACAUGGCAACAUUUUAAGGAAGCAUCAGCAGGAAUGGUUUCUCAAACUCAUAAUAGGCAAACCUCUAAGCACAUUGUGUUUUGUCAGUUUCUCCUGCCUGCAGUCUUCACACUGUGCACCACCAGAGGAACUGAAGUCACAGUUGUAAUUCCUUUAUUCUUCUUAAUGCCUGUAGCUUCUCCCUCUGGUUUACUGUGGAUGCAGUUUUAUGCACCGCAUGAAUGUGGGUAACUGAGGGUUAGAAAUAGCCCAUUGUUAUGAGAUGCCUGUGGUCAUAUUUGUAGCAACUCCUGCAUAGAUGACUCAAAACUUUAUUGAGAAGCUGCCUGCCUUACAUCUUUGCAUAGAUAAUCCAAAAGCACCAAUCAGCAACUCCGUUCCAUGUGUGUAUGUUUUUUACAAAGGAAUAAGACAAUGAGGAAAAAGGUUUGUAGGCUUGUUUGCACAAGCUAAAAAACAUCGUAACCCUCUGUUGGCUAGAUUUGAGCACUUCGUUUAAUUUACGGCUGGACUCGAAGAACAUGCAUGAGAUUUGUUUCUUUUUUUUCUGUGAUGUCAUGAAAGAUAAAACCUGCGGCCCAAGGGUUAAAGAGUAAAAUUCAUACUCAUGCUGCAUGUGUAAAACCAGAUGAAAGGCCACCCAGAUGAUUUCUUUUUUUCUACUGUUUCUGUAGUGAACUCUUAUUUUGUCAGGCAUGAAUGUUGUUCUGUUGGAAUGCAUAACUAAAGUCUGAGCCUUUGAUCCUUUAUUUACCAUGUCAGUGGAACUCAAUAAAUGACAGUAUGGCG